AUUAAUCCACUUUCCAUUACUUCCAAUGGGAAAGUUCGCUUCAGUUUAUGAACGCUUCAGUUUAUGAACAGACUUCCGGAACCAAUUGUGUUCAUAAACCGAGGUACCACUGUAAGCAUAUAUCUUAAUCGAAAAUAGAAAUAAAAACAGCUUGCACAAGUUAGUGCCCUUGUCCCCAUGUUACAGACGAGCAAUGGGUCUGCUCUUUUUUACCAUUAAAACUGCCCUCGUUGGUUGCCCUGGGUGACACUGUACUUACCAGGUUCCAAAAUGGGGUUGCACGAAAAAUCUCAUUUGGCUGCCUGCCUUUAGGUGGCACUAUUCGACUGCUCUGGUCCAUGGGGUCAUGAAGAGUCGGACACACGACUAAACAACAACAUUCGACUGAAACAUAAGCACUGCUGGAUUCUUCUUUUUUCUUUGGCGAUCACUGGUAGCCGAGUAAGAUUGUCUUCUGCUGGAUUAGCUCAACGCAAAGCUCUAAGUAGCCCAGGUGUGCUGAACCUUUGUCCCUCCAGAGGUUGCUGAACUACAGCUCCCAACCUCCCAACAGCUCUAGCAAGCAUUGCCAAUAUGCAAGGAUGAUGGGAAUUGUCCUUUGGCAACAUCUGGAGGACCGAAGGUUCCUCCUACGUGAUUUAGCAAUAACAAUAAGAAAUAAUUUAUUAUCUGUACCCCGCCCAUCCGGCUGGGUCUCCCCAGCCACUCUGGGCGGCUUCCAGCAUUCUGUUUGCAAAGGGGCCAGCGACGUAUCCUGUUCCCACCUGCGGCUUCGCCUCCUCUUUCGCCUGAGGAGCCAAGCCAUAUAGCGCUCCCCUCCGCGUGCGGAGCUGCAAGAGACGCAAGGGGGAGAGAGACAGACACGGAGACGAGGUGUGAUAGCCUGACACCAUGGUGGGUGAAGAAAAUAUCUCCUUAAGGAAUCGCCGAUCAACUUAUGAGACUUCAGAAGAGAAAGAAGACUCGUUAAAGAGGCUUGAAGUACCGGUAGACUGGUCUUCCCCACAGUCAAGCAAUGGUCAUGUUGACGUUGACCAUUUGGUCACUCGAAAGAUGCAACUUUUGGUGGAGGCUGAGCAAAUGAAACCAGCUUUCAUGCAGCGGAUCGACAGCCACUUUACAGAAUUAGUAAAUGGCUUGAUUGCGAAGUCCGUUCAGCUGGAGUCUUCGCCCCCUGCCUUCUCAGCCGUGUGCUCAGAGAAAGAUGGUGGCUUCAAAAGCAAGGGAUCAAGAGCACCUCCAGAACAUGGAAAAGUUUUUGUUGCUAGAAAGUCUGUCUUGGAAGGAUCAAGAGCACCUCUAGAACACGGAAAAGUUUUUGUUGCUAGAAAGUCUCCCUUGGAUGAACUAUUUGAAAUGGAAGACAUCCGGACCAUACGUCACAUGUUCAUUGCUUUCUUCAUCUUGAUCAUUCUCAGCACCCACAUAGUAGACUUUAUUGAUGAAGGAAGGUUGGUGCUGGAGUUUGAUCUCCUGGUCUACACUUUUGGCAAAGGUUCUGUCGUUGCUUCCACUUGGCUUUACAUGUUCCUGUUCACACUGACUGUGCCCUAUGGGCUGUUCCUGCUGUGGGCCCAGGGCUACCAUGGUUCCACCCACAAGACAAUCCACUCCGCUUUCUUUGGGGGUCUCUUCAUGAUUUUCCAUAUAUUUGGGCUUGGAGUGGGUCCAACUUACAUUGUCAUUGCCUACAAUUUACCACCAGCCUCUGCUUUUAUAGUGAUACUUGAACAGGUGCGUCUGCUGAUGAAAAUCUACUCUUUUAUCAGGGAGAAUACUCCUCGAAUACUUUCCUUUACGCCACAGAAAACAAACACCGUACAGGUUCCUAAAGUUUCCCAGUACCUGUAUUUCCUCUUUGCUCCCACCCUUAUUUACAGAGAUGAAUAUCCCCGAACUCCUACAAUAAGAUGGAGCUAUGUAGCUACCAUGUUUGCACAGGUCCUUGGGUCACUCUUCUAUACUUCUUAUUUAUUUGACAAAUACCUCUUACCUGCAUUUCGGAGCCAUAGUCGAGAGCACUUUAAUGUACGAGAGCUUGUCCUUUGCAUCUUCAACAUCAUACUUCCAUGUAUAUUGAUGACAAUAUUCAUAUAUUUUUUACUCUUUCACUACUGGCUGAAUGCUUUUGCUGAGAUGCUGCGCUUUGCUGACAGAAUGUUCUACAAGGACUGGUGGAAUUCAACAUCUUAUGCAAGGUAUUACCGAACCUGGAAUGUGGUGGUGCAUGACUGGCUGUUUUACUAUGCAUACAAAGAUUUCCUUUGGUUAUUUGGGGGAAAAUCCAAAGCAGUUGCUAUGCUGUCAGUCUUCACUCUUUCUGCUAUUGUGCACGAAUACGUCUUGGCCGUCUGCCUUGGUUACUUCUAUCCGGUCCUGUUCUGCUUCUUCAUGGGUUUUGGAAUGCUUUUCAACUUCAUUCUCAAUGACCAUCGGAAAGGCCCCAUAUGGAAUGUGAUCCUGUGGAUUACGCUCUUCCUUGGCCAGAGUGUCCUAUUUUGCCUCCACACCCAGGAAUGGCAUGCCCAUAAGCACUGCCCUUUGGAAAAUCCCACUUUCCUUGACUAUGUGAAACCGCGUUCCUGGACUUGCCAUCUUAAAUUCUGACACCCUUUGGGAUAUCCCUCCGUGUCAAGGUCAGAAGAUGUUUGUCUUUUAAACAAUGACAAGAAGUUGGGCUAGCGUGUUAAAAUGACUGCAGACUUUUUAAAGGGAAACUCUCUUUAGUUAUGGCAAAUGAUGGCAUUUUGUCACUCAAGGCAGCUAGGACUGCAGGUGGCUUGGCAGAUGGUUCUCUUUCCUUUGGCAGCUCCAACCUGAGCCAUUUCCAUGCUGGUCAUGAAUCCUACUGAAAGGUUGGUGAAGGAAUUUCCGGUAAAGACUUUUGCCUAUUGCAAACAGUACUUUUUGUGUUACUGUCUGAAGUUGGCUGUAUAGUGCUACCUUGGUUUAAGAACAGCUUAGUUUAAGAACUUGGAUUAAGAAUGCUGCAAACUUGGAAGUAGGUGUUUUGGUUUGUGAACUUUGCCUUGCAAUAAGAACAUGUUUUGCUUCCUAUUGUCCCCCGCUGCUAUGGGAAAGCACGCCUUGGUUUAAGAACACUUUGGUUUAAGAAUGGACUCCUGGAACAGAUUAAGUUUGUAAACCAAGGUACCACUGUAUUGUGAUUGGGGUUAGGCUUGCCUGUCUGACCGUAACCGUCCUUCUGAAUUGCCUUUGGAAACGGGACACUUGCUCAGUAUUUGUAUACAUUCUUUUGCUUGUUGCUACAGCACAAUAUGUGAUGGAGCCAAUGGCCCACAAAAAAAAUGACUUUGCUUUUUAUUUACUGUCACCAGACAACCUCUUUUCCUGCCCACUCCCAAGUAUAGGCAGAGGCUUUGAGGGAGAUGCAGGGCUAUUUGCAUUGGGGUAUAGAAAAGGGAAGGAGAGUGGGAGAGAGACUUGGGGUUUCUUACCUUUCGCAAACCACGGCCCAAGCGAGGAGGGCUUGAGUCUGGAGAUGUGUGUUACGGGACACUCUUCUUGUUGGAGGGCCAAGUUCACUUGCCACUUGAAUGUGACUUUGUGGAUACCUGGUUGGAGAAGCAGUAAGGUAUUCUAUACCCUUUUCCAUGGAAGUAGCCAUAAUGUAAGCAUAUGAGUUUUGAUUCAUCCACAACCUUUAAUUUGCCAAAACAAAUAGUUGUUGUAAUGUAAAUUGGCCGAGGAUACAUGGAAUCUGUUAACUUCUACUUUGAGGAUAAUGUUACUGAUUCUUAUGAGUCACAAAAGGUAUGUUGUAACUUUUGUGCCUUGUUUUUGAGCUUUAUCCCCCCCCCCCCUUUUGAAUAAAUUUUCACUGGUGUACCAUUUAGGUGUAGGAUCUUAAUAAUCUUAAUAAUAUGAGCAGUAAAGGUUGGUCUUUUCCUUACCAGGCUUACUUUGCCCUUUGGCCUCCGAUCCAAUAAAACAGGCAGCAUUAAAUUAAGUACCACAAUUAAGGUGCCAUGUGUUCCAGGUUUAUUUGACGAAGGUGGGUGUGUCAUUGAUAUACCCAUAUAUUCCGGCGUAUAAGAAGACUGGGUGUAUAAGACCACCCCCAACUUUUCCAGUUAAAAUAUAGAGUUUGGGAUAUACUCACCGUAUAAGAAAUUCGACCCGGCGUAUAAGACGACCCCCGACUUUUGAGAAGAUUUUCCUGGGUUAAAAAGUAGUCUUAUAUGCAGGAAUAUACAGUAUGCUAAUUUUUGUGGAUUUGGGGGAAAGUGCCACCUGGAUUGAAUAUGAUGAGCAGUGGUUUCAAGAUGCCCAACGUCAAGUACAGUAUUUAAUCUAGUUCAAAACUUUAAAAUUCUUUGAAACAGUAUUCACUUUUGGAGAAAGAUGAGGAAAUAUGAGCAUCUGAAUUUGGAUCAACACCCUGUGUAAGCUCCAAAGGAGUCUGAUAAGUUCCCUUAACAAACACACUGUUUUUAGAGGCUACUCACUUGUAGUUGCAGGUUCUAGAUAGAGGUGUGAGGGAGACUUCUGUUCCUAGAACAUUGCAAACUCUAUGUGCAGAUUGUAGAAUUGCUAAAUCAGUGUUACCAUUAUAGACAUAUCCCUUCCAAAAAGCUUUUUGCUUUGGUCUUAAAUUGUCUAUGAUGGCACUGUAAUUGUCAUUAUAAGAUGGCCUGGAUCCACCCAAAGAAUUUUCAUCGCAUUGUGUCCUUUUCUGCUGCUUGUUUAAAGAGAACCACCCAAACCUCUGUCUUCAGAAUAUAAUUUGAAAAUUUUAUCAAAUAAAUCCUGUUAUCUUUGGGAAAUAUGUGUACUUUUUUCUAAGGGGGACGUUUGGGAAGAUCAAUAUACGAUACUAAUUGUAGUCAACCUCAUGCUUUGGGACUGAAUCUGUGAAUGUAAACUGGAUGGGCACAACAUGAUUUUAAAUCUCCUGCAAAUGAUCUACACAACUGAUUGUAACCUUUCUACCUCUGUGACAAGGCAUCCUGUUAAUCUGGAAGGUGCUGGUUUGCAAGGCUGUAGUUUUCCUCUUUUCUCAGAGUGAGCAAUGGAAAACAUUUCUUGCACAGACGGUGGUGAGAAGAGGACCUUAAACUGUACUUGACACUGGAAUGGUAUCGCCAAGUCUCACUUGCAUCUUUUUGUAAUAUGGAGAACAUUGUGAGUCAGGGAAGGUUGUUGAUGGUGGGAUAUAGAAUUGUUAACUGAUUCCAAAAUGUAUUGAACUGUCUGUUGUGACCUAUUCUGUUACUUGCAAGGGAUUAUGUGAUCUAUACUGUACUACAGAAAUUGAAAUAUAUUUUGCUAUUCAUGAAA